CCAUACAUCCAACUCUUCAUCUCGCUCUUUCGUCAUUUGGCCAUAUCGCUUUCCUUCUCUUCAAAUCUCCAUUUAUACAUUUUGCCAUCUAUUGAUCAAUUUAUUUCUCUAUUAUUAUAUCCAUCUGUCCAUCUUCUCCAUCUAUUCACCAAUCUAUUUCUCUAUCUUUUUAUCCAUCUGUCCAUCUGUCCAUCGGUUCAUUUAUCCAUCCAUCAAGCUAUCCUUCUCUCCAUCUCUUCAUCUUGCCUUCCGUUUCUUGAUCUUUUGCAACUUGGCUAUCUCACUCUCAAGCAAUCCGUCUCUCCAUUUCAAUAUAUUUCCAUCUAUCCACCUAUCUAUAAGUAUAUCUUUCUAUCCAUACAUCUAUCCACCUAUCUAUAA